AUGGCCACAACACCAACCGCGGGGGAAGGACAAGAUGAAAAUAAUCACGAUGAAGAAGAUUAUUUAAACAGACAAGAUGAAAAUAAUGAUGAUGGAGAAGAUUAUUUAAACAGUAGCACUAGGGCCACAACACCAACCGCGGGGGAAGGACAAGAUGAAAAUAAUGAUGAUGGAGAAGAUUAUUUAAACAGUAGCACUAGGGCCACAACACCAACCAUAGAGGAAGAACAAGAUACAAAUACUGAUGAUGGAGGAGAUUAUUUAAACAAUAGCACAAGGCCCACAACAACAACAACAACCACUUCAACACCAACUACUACUAGGCCCACAACAACAUCCACAAGGCCAACAACAACAACCACUAGGCAAACAACAACAACCACUAAGCCCACAACCACAACAAGGCCCACAACAACAACCACUACAACAACAACAGGUACCGCUAGGUCCACAACAACAACCACUAGGACCACAACACCAACCACGGAAGAAGCACCAGAGGAAUAUUAUGAUGAUGAAGAUGAUUAUUUAAACAGUAGCACAAGGCCAACAACAACCACUUCAACAACAACUACAAUUAGGUACACAACAACAACCACAAGACCCACAACAACAACCACUAGGCCAACAACAACAAGCAAUAAUCCCACAACCACAACAAGGCCCACAACAACAACCACUACAACAACAACUACCGCUAGGCCCACAACAACAACCACUAGUCCCACAACAACCAUAACUACUCUUAAAACAACAACUACUAGGCCCACAACAACAACUACUAGGCCCACAACAAUAACCACUAGGUCCACAACAACAACGACUAGUCCCACAACAACAACCACUAGGCCCACAACAACAACCACUAGGCCCACAGCAACAACCACUUGGCCCACAACAACCACUAUGCCCACAAUAACAACCACCAGGUCCACAACAACUACCACAAGGCCCACAACAACUACCACCAGGCCCACAACAACUGCCACUUGGCCCACAACAACAACAACCGCUAGGCCCACAACCACUACAACCACAAGAACUACCACUAGUCCCACAACAACACCCACAGCGCCCACAACCACAACAAGGCCCACAACAACAACUACCGUUAGACCCACAACAACCAGUACAACCACAAGAACUACUACUUUGCCACGAACUACUACUUUGCCUACAACAACAUCCACUAAGCCCACAAUUUCACAGCCCACAGCAACGAAGUCCAAAAGCACUGAGGCCCCUACACCAGCCAUGGAGGAAGGACCAGAUAAAUAUAAUUAUCAUGGCACAUGCCUUUAAAUCUGCCCGAUAACCAGGUAACCUAAUAUCCCAAAAGAUAUUAGGCUAGAUGACCACGUGACCUCGAAUCUCCGUCAGUUUCUCUCCGCGCAUGCGCACGCUUGUACUAUUUUCUAUUAAUAAAAUAUACUUGUUUUCAAUUAAAGAAAACAACAAAAUACAUGUAAAGCACUAUUUUUUUAAACAUUAUUAUUUUAACAGCAUAAUUUCGUCUUUGUGUAUUGAAUUAAUAACGAUUGACUCGAUUUCUGUGUUGUUUAACAAGAUGGAAGCUAGCCUAAGCGUAUUGCAUGACGUGACGUAACAAUGUUUUUGUUCGCGCGUGUUUUUUCCCAUAUUACAUAUUUCAACACAAAAUACUCGAAAACUAGAUAUUUUAGAAAUAUUUCAACGAAUGUGACAGGAUAAAUAGAAUAAUAGGUUGGUGACAAUUUCACUUAUCUGGCAAGUCGGAGGAAGUUAUAGGGUGCGCCGAAGGCGAACCCGAUAAGAUCCUCCGACGAGCCAGAUAACCAUUGUCCAUCCACGUCACCAACCUACUAUUCUUUAUUAAUGACGGAGAAGAUUUUUAAACAGUAGCACAAGGCCCACAACAACAACCACCGAGAAAGGACCAGAUGACUAUGAUAAGCUCACAACUCACCAGACCACAACUGCUCAGCUCACAACUGCUCAGUUCUCAACUCCCCAGACAACAACCACUAAGCUCACAACUCCCCAGCCCACAGCUGCUCACCUCACAACUCACCAGACCACAGCUGCUCAGCUCACACCUCACUAGACCACAAUCACUAUGCUCACAACUCCCCAGCCCACAACCACUAAGUCCACAAGCACUAGGCCCACAACAACAACCACGGGGGAAAGACCAGAUGAAUAUAAUGAUGAUGGAGGAGAUUUUUAAACAGUAGCACAAGGCCCACAACAACAACCACUGAGGAAGGACCAGAUGCAUAUAAUAAGCUCACAACUCACCAGAUUACAACUGCUCAGCUCACAACUCACCAGACCACAACCAAUAAGCUCACAACUCCCAAGCCCACAACCACUAAGUUCACAACGUCCAAGCCCACGACCACUAAGCUCACAACUCACAAGCCCACAACCACUAAGCUCACAACUCGUUAGCCCACAGAUGCUCAGCUCACAACUCACCAGACCACAGCUGUUCAGCUUAAAACUCAUCAGACCACGACCACUAAGCUCACAACUCCCAAGCCCACAACCACUAAGCCCACAAGCACUAGGCCCACAACACCAACCACGGGGUAAGGACCAGACGAAAAUAAUGAUGAUGGAGGAGAUUAUUAAAACAGUAGCACUAGGGCCACAACACCAACCACGGGGGAAGGACCAGAUGAAAAUAAUGAUGAUGAAGAAGAUUAUUUAAACAGUAGCACUAGGGCCACAACACCAACCACGGGGAAAGGGCCAGAUGAAUAUUAUGAUGAUGAAGAAGAUUAUUUAAACAGUAGCACUAGGCCCACAACACCAACCACGGGGGAGGGACCAUAUGAAAAUAAUCAUGAUGGAGAAUAUUUUAUUUAAACAGUAGCACUAGGCCCACAACACCAACCACGGGGGAAGGACAAGAUGAAAAAAAUGAUGAUGGAGAAGAUUAUUUAAACAGUAGCACUAGGGCCACAACACCAACCACGGGGAAAGGGCCAGAUGAAUAUUAUGAUGAUGAAGAAGAUUAUUUAAACACUGAAUCCAUUCGGAAAUGUUGUUAUUUGUUGAAAGAAAUGAAGUUUUCGAUACCAUCUUUGUUACCUUAAGGUUACAAAUGAUUAAUAUUAAGUUUCGUAAUAUCUAUGAAGUUGCAAUGUAUUGAUAAUAAGAAUAAAUAUAAUAGUGAACAUAU